AAGGCGACUGAGGGCUAAUUUUGUACACCAGCACUUUAUAAACAGCAGAGCUCCUCCGAUUUAUUUUUAAUUAAAGAGAAAUCAUGCCUAAAGUAAAAAGGAGCAGGAAACCACCACCAGACGGCUGGGAGCUGAUUGAGCCUACUCUGGAUGAACUGGAUCAAAAAAUGAGGGAAGCUGAAACAGACCCUCAUGAGGGGAAACGAAAAGUGGAGUCACUGUGGCCGAUAUUCAGACUUCAUCAUCAGAGGAGCCGCUACAUCUUCGACCUGUUCUAUAAGAGGAAAGCAAUCAGUAGAGAGCUCUAUGAUUAUUGUAUAAAAGAAGGUUAUGCAGACAAGAAUCUGAUAGCAAAGUGGAAGAAGCAAGGCUAUGAAAAUCUUUGUUGUCUGCGCUGCAUUCAGACACGGGACACAAACUUUGGAACAAACUGCAUAUGUAGAGUUCCCAAAGGCAAACUUGAAGUGGGUCGUAUCAUCGAGUGCACACACUGUGGGUGCAGAGGAUGCUCUGGAUAAUUGACAUCAAUUCAGCCGUGUUUAUAUUGCUCAGAUGUCAGGGCUAAUUAUUUUUGGUCUUUUUAAUAUUUUUUGUCAUUAUGCUUUCAUUCCAGAUUGUUAUGCUGUACUUUGUAGAUUAGCCUUUGUUUGUAAUUUGUAAACAUUUAAUUUUCAUUAAAAUGAAUGUGUUUAAAUUA